GUCAGGAGUGGCUGCGCAGACAGGAGAACCGCGUCUCAUGAAGCAUGUCUCGGAGAGUGGCGAUCGCUUUAGUGAUCCUUGCGACACUUGGAUCAAGAAUUCACGGAGAAGAUCUGCAGAACGGAAGGAAACCUGAAGAACUGGAGACACAAGCUUCAGGGUCGGGCAAUGAAGAUUUGAACGACGUGUAUAAUGGCGAAUAUGGAAGAAACCCUGGGUAUUAUACCGGCCUCGGUACUAACUACGGAGGAACUUAUGGACUUCCUAACGGCGUUGGGAUUUCAGGACUAGGAUACAGCAACUUAGGUUACGGUGGAUUAGGCUAUGGAGGAACGUAUCCGGGUUAUGGUGGUUAUGGUGGUUAUGGUGGUUAUGGAGGUUAUGGUGGUUCAGGAGUUCCUGGAAUCUACUCGGGUUAUGGUGGCUAUGGGAAUUUUGGAGGUUAUGGUGGUUCAGGAGUUCCUGGAACCUACUCGGGUUACGGUGGAUAUGGAAAUUUGGGAGGUUAUGGUGGUUCAGGAGUUCCUGGAAUCUACUCGGGUUACGGUGGCUAUGGGAAUUUGGGAGGUUACGGAGGUUAUGGUGGUUAUGGUGGUUAUUACGGUCGCCGUGGUUUCUAUGGCUAGAAAAGUAUGACGCAACUGUAAUAUCUGCCGAGAGAAUUAGAGGACAAGACGAGUACAGACACAUUUAAUAAAAUAAUUCGCAUUCAGUAAAAACCUAAGUUCCGCAAAGCUA